GCUGAUUGAAGUUGAAGGAAGGAUAGUGAAACACAGUUAACCAACUGAUAAUGGCAGUGCUCGGUGCACAGGUAGUGUUCAGUCUCGUGACGUUCACCUUUUUGCACAAACUGGCGCCAUAUUACUCCAUCGGGCGCUGGAUGUUAUGUGGGAGACUCCUAAGGUUUCUUCACCCUACAAACGAAGAGCUGAAACAGCUUGACUCUGGAAACCCCACAGGGAAAGCCUCGAGUCAACCAAACAGCAAAGUUCGUCGUAGAGGUGAACACAAAAAAUAUGCUGCCGGUGGCGACAAAUCAGAAACGUUCACAGUACGAAGGAACAUCCCUCUUCAGCUAGAUCAAGCACCGGUUGAGGACAUUGACCUAGUGCCGCUACAGUACUACUCAGAGUACACCUGGCUCAUGGAUUUUUCCCUGUGUGCUCUCAUCAUCUACGUGUUGACAGAAAUCUACUAUGUGGUUUCUCCGCACCGCAUUGAGUUGAACCUCAGCGUAUUGUGGUGUCUGCUGGCCAUUGCCUUUUGCCUGCGUCUUCUCGCAAGCCAGGCAUGGAUUUACAUGAGAACCCAGGAAGGCGGCGAGCGGGUGUUGCUUGUGACCUUCACCUUCUUUUACCUGGUGUUUGCGAUGGGUGUUCUAGUUGUGGGUGAGAAUAUCAUCGAGUUUGGAUUAGAAGAAGCUUAUGAUAACUUCUCAGGAAAUGCAUUGGUUUUCUUGGAAAAGCAAGGAGUAACCUCACAUGGACCCAUGUCUUUUAUGACCUAUAAAGCUGUGCUUGCUUUUCUUGGAAUGGUGAUUGGGGGAUUACUAACAUUUCCAGGCCUAAGAAUGGCUAAACUCCAUUUGGACACACUUAAGUAUACGCAGGGACGGGGGCUUCUCCAGUUGUUGCUCCAGAUCAAUUACAUCCUGCCUUUGGUCGUGGCUUUGCUGUGGGUGAAACCCAUAGGCCGGGAUCUACUCUGUGGCAAACACUUCACCUAUGCACGUGCCGUAAUCUACGAGGAUCAGUUUGAGGGCCUACGUUUUAUCAUCAUUCUGGUCACUUGCGCUCUACGGCUGGUACUGAUGCCAUUAUUUUUACAGUCACAUCUCAAUCUUGCUCAUGAGAAAGUUGAGAAUAUGAAGAAGGAAAGCGGACGUAUCGGCAAUGUAGAACUACAGAAAACAGUUGCCCGCGUCUUCUAUUAUCUAUGUGUCGUGGCGAUUCAGUACAUAGCUCCGGUCAUCCUUGUGCUCUUUCUCACUUUCCUCCUGAAAACCCUUGGUGACUUCUCGUGGGUUUCUCUGUUUGGAGAGACUGCUGUGCAAUUCUUCAGUGUCACUCCAAAGAAGGGAAUGAGCCUCCCCAACCUGGGAGGGGAGAACAGUACUAUGGGUUCUAUUAUUCAGUCUGCCUCUGAAUUUACAAGUACUUUAGGAGAGAUGCGUGGUAUUUUCACACCAGUGUGGUAUAGAGGAAUUUUCAAUUAUUUACUGUGGUGGGUAGUCACAGUCUGGUUUUCUAGCACUUCAUUUGGAGUUAUGUACUAUUCACAGUCGUAGUGAUGGUUUCUUUUCUCUUAAUUGUGUUCCACAGUUGCCUGUCAUAAAUAGCAACCAUCUUAAGUUCCCAUUCAUUCCUUUUCAGUAAAUAUUGUCAUCAUGUUCAUAUCUUUAGAGCUUUCUGAAUACAGUGGAGUCCGCUUAAACGGUACACAAUUAAUCCGAAAACAGCAGUAAGCCAAUAGAAAACAGAAUCCCUAAUUUUGUUCUUUGCUUUAAACUGAAAACACGGCUAAACUAGGAAAUCAGGUGGAACUUCAGAUUUUGGCUGGGACUCCACUGUAUUUUGCUUUGCAACUGUAAAGCUCAUUGUCAAACAUUUGUAUCCCAGAAAGCCUCUAUUCAUUUCUUUCCUGUUUCUUGUAUGUGUGUCUUUUAUAUGAAUCUCUGAGUGUAUAGUUUUUUAAUGGUGCACUGCCCUGCCCUAAGCGAUUGUUAAAAAAUAUAAAAAUGCUUUGGGGGGGGGGUGUCAGUUUGGGUUUGACAAACAAAA